AACGGUCCUUUACAAAAUCCGGACAAUUUUUGCAUGCAUGCAAUGUAUUUUCAAAACAAACAGUUUAACGCUAAAGGGUUAUUUGCCCUUGAGUAAAGACGCCGCCGCUAGAGAAUUCUAUAUGCACUUAUAUCCAGCACAAGCCAUCCUAAUCACACUUGUUAAAUUUUACGCAAGAAAUAAGGGACUUGAUUUGCUAAAAGUUUUUAUUAUGCCGAAAGAUAUGAAGAAUACUGGAUCAUCUUCAACUUCUAACGAAUACCAAAAUGAAGCAACCGAAAAUUUUCAUCGUCUCUGCCAACUUUUUGUGACAAUUUGUGGCGAAUUGCUUAGAGAAGUUAUAAGGUUGCGCAUUAAUGACCUUCGAUUGAAACUAGAUGAAUACGAAAAGGUACUAAAACACAUUUGCAACGCCUCACAGAGGAAAAUUCUUUAUCCGAAUUCUGAAGACAAACAAACAGAUCUCAAAGACAUGGAUGUAAGUUUACUUUACAUACUUUUGCGGAACAUUUGUGGUAUUCCGGCCCCUAAAAAUGGCUGGGGGGAUAAACAAGAGAAAUCUGAUCUUAGUAUAGGAGCUUGCAUUGACAGAAUCAGAGUAAAGAGGAGCGUUCUAUUCGCUCAUGCAUAUAUAGGGACAAUUGACACAGACAGUUUUGAGCACAACUGGGAUUAUCUCAAGAAGAACAUUGUGGAAAUUGCUACAGAAUGCAAUUCUGUAGAAACGUAUGAGGAAAAAGUUGAUGAGUUGUAUGAUUGCACGUUAAAUUCGUCUGAAACCAAAACGUGCCUUGAAAUUAUCAUAAAAAUGGAAGAGGAAAUGAAAAUGGAUCUAGAAAUUAAAAAAGUUAUAUUCAUGGAGGAUACAUACGUACCACCUUCAUCCGUCAACUUGACAUCUACAAUCACUGUACCUAAUUUGUCAGCCAUAAAUCAUAUUGCUUACGUGAAACCGGGAAGUCUUUGGGUAGCUGGCGUUUGUACUCUCAAGCAAAUUGACCUCGCUGGAAAUCUUAUCCAAACCGUGGAUGAUGCGCUGUGUUAUCACGGAUGUUUUGCCGUCACGGAAAAUGGGGAUCUGUUUUAUAUUGGCAAAGAUAGACACAACAUCAAAAGAAAAAGCUCCGUCGAAACCAGUACAAUAGUGGACUUACCAGAUUAUGUAUCCAUACGCUGUAUUUGCAUUUCCCAGAAAAAAGGCAAUCUGUUGGUAGUUACAAGAAAUGAUUUAAAAACCCAACGACACAGAAUAGUAAGAUACGACAUUAAUGAGAAUAUCAGUCACGUCGUUUUGGACGACAGUAUAGGGGACCUGUAUAAAGCUCCUUUUUAUAUCACAGAAAACAGGAACGGUGACAUUGUCGUUUCUGACCAAGAAAACAAAGCAGUAAUUGUUGUGAACAGUGCAGGUCAAAAUAGGUUUAUUAUUAAAACGCGUAAUUCUGCUUUUUUGCCCUGUGGUCUUGCUACCGACGACACUGGCAACAUACUAGUUGUUGAGGGCCACAAAGAAACAUAUAUCUACGUAUUUGAUCAAGACGGUAUUCUUACUCGGCGAUUAAGCGAAAAAAGGGACAGAUGGUGGGGCGUGUGUUUGAUCGACAAACGAAAUCUUUAUGUUGGAAAUAGAAAAAGCACAAUUGAUGUGUACAGAUACUAAAAGGAACAAUCUCUAAAAAGAAUUAGAAAUAUGUAGAUAUGUCAAAAAUACUUCUGACUUCUUUGCUCUGCGGUCCGUGAAGACAACUACUUACUAUCAACAUAUCAAUUGUUGUGAUUGACCAAAUAUGUUUUAACGUCAUUUAGAUUCUAACAAAAUAUCAAGGGGUAUGAAUAUAGAUAUUAUCAAAACAAUUAGCACACAAUUCACAAUUUAACAAAUUGAUAAAACUUUUUUUUGUCAUUGUUUAAAAACCUAUUUUGGAGAUAUUUAUACAGUGAAACAUCAUUUAGAGACAUUCUUUAUGUUUGUAGUUCUUGCAACUUUAAUCAAUGAAAAACUACUGAGAGGCUGUUUGGCAAGACUUGAUAUAACGAUCUAAAACUAUAGAUUUGGAUUUAGCAGGUAGAAGAUAUAUUUGUUAGCAAAUAAAUCCAAAAAAAUAUGUAUCAUAUAUCUUGUUAUUGCGCAGGGGUGUUAAAGAAGCAUGUGAAGUAUAACACAAUUAGAUAUAACAAAUUGUGCUAUUAUUAUAAUCUUUGUGUAUGUUGCAUUUAUCCAUUUUUGUACUCGUCUACCUGGAGAGUAAUUUAAACCUGUGCAGGAUUUAUGGAUGAGAGUACAAAAAUCCGAUAACAACCAAGAAUAAUUUUGACGUCGUGAUGGUCAUAAAAAACAUACCUUUUGUGCCGGAAUAAUUUGAUAGCCAGAGAUACAUCUUGACCAUGGCGUGGUGAUCAUAAUUGAACAUUACGUGCUAAGUACCUCUUUUGGGUUUGAUAUGGACAUCUUGACAAUGGCGUGGUGAUCAUAAAUGAUUAUUAAGUGCUUGGUACUUCUUUUGGGUUUGAUAUGGACAUAGACUACGUGGAACCCCAUGGCAUAAACAUCAAAGUAAUUGGUGAAUGUCCUUUCAUCUAUACACUUGUCAACUACGAUAUGAAAAGACAUCGCCCUACUGUUUCCUCAGACGCAUUUAAUACCUGGUCAAGAAGAGUCAGUCCUCAACACACCACCAGUGAGGAAGGUUCCCAUGUGCAAAGACUCCCGGCUUACCCCGCUCUCAAUAACAAUUGGACUUUAAUUCUCUUA